AGUUCGUAUACCGCUAUCGUCGUGGUUGGUUCGCGUCAAAUCCAACUUUCAAUCUGCCGGUAAAUGAAAAAAUGCUUAUCGGUAUUAAGCAAACCAUAACAACUUGAAUUUGUGAUUCAUUGUGAACAUAUUGGGUUUUUACUCGAAACUAAAUUAUUAAAAUUUUAGCGGGAUAAUGUGUUACAUGCAGUUUUGAAUAAUUAAGUUCUGUUGAUAUUGUGUUUGGUGGAGUGCUUUAAAAUUAUUUUCAUUUCGAGGGGAUAAUAACAUAACCAACAAAAAAAAGGAAUUGCUGCUGGAGUCAAACCGUCCUACUCGUGAAAAAAGGUUCACCGAACAUCUUGUUAGUGUUAGUGAUCUGGAACCGGCUUUUGCUCCAAUUUCGCCAUGUCCUCGGAGAUGGUGUGCUUGCUGUUUUUGUUGACGACAUUUUCGUUAUCACAAGGUGCUUGUCAAUUCAAAAAAUCAUGGCAAGGAAGAUGGUUCCAAAGCGGAGUACCUAACUACUUAUUUAUUAACAGUACAUACAUUGAGACGAAAGGAGAUUGUUAUGAAGAACAAGGAGAUAAAUAUUUAGUUUAUGAUAGGACUGACGACUGCUAUCGUUGCAUGGUAAUUCAUCCGAAGCAUCCCAGUGUACUACAAUACAAAGAGACAUAUUGUGAAUCUAAAGCUUCCCUGGUCGAAAUAUGUCAAAUGAUAACAGGCGACGCACCGCUCUACAGCCUUUUCCGAAAAAAUCCAGAGGCUAAGCCGAUUGCGUGUCCUUUCAAAAGUGCUCCGUUCACUUUUAGUUAUAACCGAAUGACUGGAGAUUGCAGUAAUCCCCCCAGUAAAGCCGAAAGUUGCACCGACGAUUCUCGCUUAGUACUAAAAUAUCAGGCAUGCCCAGAUGUUCCAUCGACAGAAAGUAAUGUGGAAGAAUUAGUAUGUUUGGCAACGUGGAAAGAAGGUUCAACCCGAUAUCUGAUAGGGAAGCUUUCUCAGCCAAACAGAAGAAGUGCAUCGGACGAGGACCAAUAUCGUUGCUUUAUUUACAAAAGAAGCAUGGAAAAUGGUAAAACAAUAUACAGUGUUGCCCAGUCUGGAGAUGCUACAUGCACAGGGUUAGAUGCUACUGCUUUCGAGGGUAGUCGAACUAUGAUGUUAACUACAGUCGAUGACCAGCACAAGAGAUGUAAAUUUCCAGUAUGGAUAACAGAACAUCAUACUUGGUUGAGUUUGGAUCAUCAGAAAACUUAUAAAUUUUCACAGAGAAAUGCAACACUCAAGAUAUUAGAUGACGACCCACCUAAAAUGAAUAAAGUUCAACCAAAUUUUCCUCAGGCAUUUGCUUUCGAAGAAUUUGGGAUGCAAUCACAAGAACAAAGGAAACAGAAUUCCGAAAUGAGAGUAGUAUGUCAUGCUAUUUUACAACAACAAGAACAGAAGAAGGUUCAAAUAGUGGCCCACAUUACGGCAGGAUGUGACAGCGGAUAUGUGUGUAUGCUAUUUUACAAAAGAGAUUCAAAUGUUAUAGAACUGCAGCAAACGGAAAAAUAUGUAGAAAAUCCAGAUGAAGCUUGCUCAAAUUUUGAUCCCGGUACAAGUCCAUAUACAACAUUAAUAACUACAACCUUACAUUCGAAAAAGUGUCCCCAUCUCGGCCGUUACACCAUAGCAAGUUUUCCAGCACAAUCCGGAAAAAGGAAGAGGCGACAGGAACCAGAGAAGAAGAAUACAGCAGAAAAUCAAGAACCAGACUGUAUUUCAGAUGAUUUUGAAACCUUGUCAGUAGGUUGUAGUGGUACCCAUGAAAUGGAGUUCAAAUCAACUUGUUCUCAACAAGCAAUCUCCUAUACUUGCCAUGGUAACUGGGAGGAGAAUGGAGUAUCAUAUGUAAUAGCAACAUCCUUAUCUAAAAAGUUUCCAGAGGCGAAAUACUGUUUCAUGUAUAAACAAGACCAAAUGAAUUCUGCAAUCAUAGAAGGAAAUCUGGGAAAAGGACUCGGGCCUCCUAUAUUAAGGAUGUCAAGAGUGACAGAAAGUUGCCAUAGGAAUAUUGAUCCAGGAAUUUCUGGCAACUGGGCCUUUAAUUUUACUAGUAAUGGUACAUGUCAGCAGAGCGAUCAUACCAAUUCUAGCCAAUUGUUGGUGCCUAUGAUUCUCUUGGUCAUCAUUUCUUUGGCCUUAGUGGUAGUUAUAAGAUGAUGAAAAAUGAUCGUCCUUCACACCUUAUCCGAAUAUUAAGUGUUUUUGCACCUUUUGAAAAAGAACAGCUAGACACUAGUUAGUGGAUUUUUUGUAUUUUUUAUUUCAGAAAUGGUACAUUUCAUAGGCCAGUCUAAAGAUAGUUAGGAACAGAAAAACGGGAUCAAUUAAUAUAAGACUCACAUUUUCAUACUUCUCAUUUAAUAUUAGGUGCAAUAAAAAUAUUGUAAAGUAUGAUAUACUAUUUAAAGUAAUUAUCCUAUUUUUCAUUUUAUACUUUCGUGGACUGGCCUAUUAGUGGAAAUAUUGCGUCUGUGAAAGAAUAUACGAGUUUUUUGAUGUUGCUCUUUGUUGUUAAGAGAUUAGGUAUUGUUUUAGAUAAAUAAAAAGGGCCUAAAAUAUAACAAAUGUCGGAAGUAAUAUUUCCACUUGCUGCAAACAAUUUUUUUUUCUUUUAAUUGAUACAGAGACUACAAUAAUCUAGAAUACACGAACAUAUAUUUACUGCAUCAUAUAAUAAAUAAUUUCUGUAUCUCUUAAAUACAGAACAACAAUGUUGCUUGAUAAAAAUUUCAUGAUUAAUUUUAAUAUUCUUUCUUUGUCAUAUGUUAAUCUUUUUUUCUCAAUAUCAAUUUCUAAUGAAUUUGUUCUUCUUAGUUUCAUUUUAUAUUAGCUUUCAUUCUCCUCCAUAUUUAGUUAUUUCAAUAAUGAUUCAUCAUAGUCACUAGAUUCCACGAUUGUUUUCUCAUUCUAAUCUCAUCUUUAUUUGCUUGGUCUCUUCUGCUCCAAUGAAACUUUAGUUUAAGUUUCUGUAGCAUAUAAUUUAAUAAGUUACAUAAUAUAUAUUUAUUUUUUCUUCUUAAGUGAAGAAAAUUUUGAAACAAACACAGUAAAUAUAUCGCCUAUUCUAAAAUAUUUCUAAAAAGCUUUAUGUAUUGUAAUUUUCCCCAGAAUAUCAGUUUCCAAAUAUUUUUAAUUUCAAAAUAUAGAGAUUCUCAAAAAUACAUACAGCUUUUUAAAUUUCUCUGCGUAAGAAAAAAAUGCUGCAUCUAUUGGAAGUGUAAACGGCUGUUUUGUGAUUACUUGUUGGGGUAUUUCAAUAUUUAUUUUUUAAUUAAAAUUAUUACAUGUAUAAGCUCAUUUUUGAUAAUAUGAUCCUAAAUGUAUCUCAUCUACUUUUGAAAAAACGUACAAUAAAUAUUUUUUAAUAAAUUGAACUACAGUACAACGAAAUAAUUUGUUUAAUUGCUAUCUUGCCAAUGAAAAUGUGGAUGAGAACAAUGUCAAUUUUUAUUUUUUGUCAAAUGUAUACAAAAUGAUAUCAAUCCAGCGUUUUAAUCAAAUUAUAAAAAAUAUUACAUUCAAUAAAAUAAAGAAUUGAUGUAAAAAUACGAAUUUCCUUAGAAACCUGUAGUCAUCGCGAACGGUCAGAAUGAUCAAAACGUGGCGACAAUUCAAAUAGUAGCGACAGAUCAAAUUACUUUUUAAAAUCAGCCGUUGUAAAUCAUGAUGUAAAGACUAAAAGGUAUGCUCUUCCCGAGGGCUCAUUUUCGACUUGUUCUGCGCAUCUCUCAAGAGCCAAUGAGAAUUCAUAGCACACCUUGUAGUCUUUACAUCAUGGUUGUAAUAGAGUAGCAGUUAUUUUAUCAAAAACGUAACCAUAUACUCACGGGAAUCCUUCAAUCCAAAUUUCUCAUUUUUACCAUUUUAUUAGCCUACUGCGCUCAAGAUGUACAUUUAAUAACUGUACUCUAUAACGCCCGGGCCAUUUUACGUGAGUAGAACGAGAAUAUCAGCAGUUGUAGAGGAUGUUUCGAGAGUUUAUUGUUAUAUAAGGAAUAUAUGUAUCGAUAAUUGGUUUUUUAAUUACAAGUUUUUUCUUUUAUUCAUCGACCAAUUAAUGUUACAACUUCAAAUGAACAUACUUUAGUCCUAUAUUACUUUUUACAUCUUCUUCUGUAUUAUUUAUCUUCGACCAUUUCUUACAGAAUGGUGUUAAUUGAUCUCUUUCGAUUUUUUGUUAUUAGUUCAUAACCAUAUAAAUAUUUCAAUAUUCCUUCAAAUAAUUGAUAUGUCUUCUUUCUGGACAUAUCUUUUUCAAGGGUUUUUUGUUUACUAGAUGAACUUCAAACUCAAAUAUCCAUUAAUUGUUAAUUAUUAUACAAUGGUCCCAAUAUUGUCUCAUUCUCUCUAUUUCGGAAACAAAUAUUGUAUUUUUUUUAAAUCUAUCAACAGUCCGUCUAAUUUCUGCAUUUCAUUUUAGCCGUGGUGAUCUCAGCGUGAGACAUACUGUGAUUUGACUUUCCAUGGUUCGUGCUACGGGUUCACUUCUAGAUUAAAUGUUCCUGGGGCGAUACGAAAAUAUAUCAGCGAACGUGUAGACGAUAAACGUGUAUUAUAAAAUGACGUAGAUCAGAUUUUUACACAAAACCACUAGGAAGGGCAAUGACGUCACGAACAUAAGCGAUGACGUCACGAACAUAACCUAGAAAUUCUUUCACAUUGUUUGAGCAAUUCUGAGUUAGUUGAUUCUUAUUUCUAUUGUCAUAAAUCGUUAGAUUCCACCGGCGUUAUAUGGUCCUUACUUAGCUUCGUAGAUAUAGAUAACAGAAUUUGAUCUGUAUAAUUGUCAAUGCUAGUACUUUGGGUAGAUUAUUUUCUAGUGGAACAGAUUUCACGGUUGAAAUAUUAAAUUUACAUACUUGGAGUGAUUCAAAAAUCAACAUAGCAGAUUAAAAAUUCUUUCAUUUUAUUUUGGUAUCAUUGUGUAUAUAUUUUGCAGCAAUAUAAUUACAAUACACAGGGUGUUUAAUUAUUAUAUCACCUUAACAAUAAUUUUUUAUUUGAUCAGCUAAGCACACUCUAUUCUAGUUAAAAGGUAGCUUUUAUAGUUUGGAUUUGAAUGUAAAUAAAAACUGUGAUUUUAAAGAAGCAGAAGCAGCUAUUUUUAAAAUUAAUUAUGUAUUUGCAAGAAUGUUUAUCGAUUUUUAAUUCAAAACAUAGGGCUUGGAUGUCUAAACGAACUGUCAUUGACCAUUGUUACGAUAUUAUAAAAAAUUAUAAAGAUAUUUUAUACUGUAAACGUAAGAAAUGACUUUGUUUACUGUGGUUCAUCAAGGGCGGAUAUUACAAACGGAUAUCUGACCUUCGAGAACCAAUGUACAAUGUGAACUGCUUAUAAUAUCAAUUUUUGAAUUUUUUUCUAUUGUAUACAUAUAGAUGUUGCCUCCCUUAUACACUUAUAGGAUUUAUUCUAAAUAUAUCUGAAAAACAACAUGUUGUCUCUUAGAAGAAAAAAAAAUACCAAAUAUUUAGGUAAGCAUUUUGUACUAAAACGUCAGUAUUGUCAUUUACAAUAGUAUAAAAAUUUUAUAUAUAUUUGGUACUGAUAUUGCCAAAAAUCUUGUAUAAAUUGGGUAAGUUCGAGUUAGUCAACAUCCCACUUUAAGGCACUAUAUCAACCAAAAAUUAGUUAAUUUGUUUUCAAAUUUGGGAAUUGACUAAUGUAAUCGAUGGGUAUACAAGGAAAUAAGAGGAGAUGAAAUAUUUUAAAAAUUUGUAAAGAAUGUACAUAUUUGAUAGUGGCAGAUUAGAAAUAUAAGAAUGUUGAAAAGAGGGAAGAUAUUUGGAAUUUUUUGCAAAAAAAACUAAACAUACCUACUUCUCAAAGGAUCGCUAACACAUACUCUUGUUAUUUUAUAUAUUUUGCUUUCAUAGUUACUAGUUACGUACUUACCUUUCUAGAUUAGUGUUCACUGACAUCAAACAAAAGUUCCAAAAAUAUUCUAACUAUAGAAGAAAACAAUACCAAGUAAAUACAGUGUCAUUAUUAUUAAAUAACAUUUAGCUUCACCACAGUUAAUUACUUUGGUAUUCUUACCUUAAUAACUAUAAAAACAGAAAGGAAUAAUAAAAGAGAAAAUAACUGACAUUUUGUUGUUAGAUAUAAAAUACUAUUAUAUGCAAAUGAUAUAUGUUAAAUGCAUUAAAAUCAUGAACGAUGUCAAAAAAGAUGAGAGUAAACUGGAAAUAUGGAAAAAAAAUUCUCAGAAAAAUAUAUAGCGGUGUCAAAGCGAGAAGAUGUUUGAAUGGAUAACUAAUAAUGUAAAAGAAGACGAAAAUAACACAAAUCGUUAGUGCACAAAGACCAAGAUGGUUAGGACACAUUGCCAGAUUUCCUCAGCAGAGAAUUGUGAGGAUGGUGCUGAAGGGAGGAUAAAUGAAGGGAGAGUAGCAGUGGAGAAUGACAUUGUGUAAAAAAAAUUUCAAAUUAUGCAAAGGUAUAGGCAAGUAAAAUUGGGAAAUAACAGAUUAAAAUGGGAACGGAAGUAGAAAGAACAUACAAAUACAUAAAAAUAAUUAGAUUAUGGAAAUUUGAAAAGCAUAAGAAUAAAAUUACUAUUCAGAAUAAUAUAAGUUAAUGAAUUAAACAAAUAAAAUUAAUUAUAUAGAGAUUCUCAACAUUAUAUGGAAUCAGAAGUAAUCAACAAUAAGACUGAUAAGAAAAAAAUAAUAAUGGACAAAUAAAAAUAAACAAACACAAAUAGAAAGAGAAAUGGCUUUAUAUAAAAACAUUUGAAACGACGUCUUUUUAUUUGUAAAAAUAAAAAGAAAAGAUUAAGUGAAUAUAUUUACAUUUCCAAGAGCUGCAAAUUCAUACAGAGAUAGAAUAGAGUUUUUGAAAAUAUUACAUAGGGUUAUAAAUAUUAAUUACCUUUGUUAAACAGUCAAAUGGGUUUUUUUAUAUUUUAUUGAUAGUUAUUCUAAAUUAAACUUUCCCUAAAACUUCAGAAUCCUUUGAAAGUGAGUAUAUUUAAUUUUCGUUGCUAAUUGUUUAGUGUACCUACUGCAUAUUUUUUUAUUAUAUAAUAUCACGUUUUUUCUUACACACCGCCAAUCUUUUUGUGUAAAAUAAUGUUUAUAAGUAUAAUCUAGCUACGAUUUAAAAAACACAUUUAAUAACUUAUUACAAUACAACAUUGAUAAGCUGUUAAUAAAUGUGUUUUUAUCCUUUUUGUAUAUUAUUGUAUAUAUGUGUUAAAUAAAUGUUUUGAUUUUACAUAUUUUUUUUGUAAUAUAUAAAUGUAAGGAAAAGACUGUGAGCCUAAUAUUACAACAUUUUAUUGAUAACGCUAAUAGGACAAGAAAUUGAACUGCUAAAUUGUCGGGUCAAAUUAAGAAAGAUAUAACAUAUACUCACUUCCUAAAAUCACUUAUUUGAUAGUAUUUACUUUUCAAUUUCACUCGUAUUUUUAAUAUAAUACACUAAGUUUGUGUAUUCAUGCUCAUGAAAUACAAAUUACUUUCAUUCAUUAUUUAAAUCAUGAAAAGAGUCUCUUAGAAAUUAGAGCAUUAUAAAAUCGUUAUGAAAAUUUUUGAUAUUAUGAAAUUGUUAAUGGAAUUUACAAAGUGCAAUUUUUUUCACUUGUUGAAUGAGAAAUAAGUAACUAAAAGUACCAUUGUAAAAAAUAUUAAAUAAUGAUACUGUAUGGCAAUUGCAACGUAAUAUUCCAUACAUCAAGAUUCUUUUCUAUUCCAGAAUUAUUAGAAACAGUUUCAAAUAAAUGCAAGGCGUAGUGUGGACUAAUGUAGACAUGAGCGAAGUCGCUUCAACAAUGCUCCUUUUCCUACCUUUUACGGAUUUUUGAAAGGUACUAGGCCCCUCAGACACUCUUGAAAAGGUACGUCUUGCGAUGCCCGCAAGGCUGUAUGUGAAAGCCAACUUCAUUUACAGUGAUGCUAUCAUUCGCCAAUUGCUAAAUAACUGAGUAACGCCCAAAAGAAAUGUUGAUAUGAUUUUAAAAAAUUAUACAAUACUCUUUUGAUCAGAAUUCUUCAAAAAAGAAAUUUAUAAAGGGUAAAUUCACAAUAGAAACAUUAAUAUAAAUUCUUCUGCACUAUGGUAACAGAUACAAUCGUAUCAUGGAUAAUCAAAUUUUUAAUGCCUUAAUAAUAAAUGUUUUUCUAUCAUUCACCAAAUCUAAUGAAUAUUAAUAAUUUCUUUAUCUAUUAUAUCAAAUAUAACAAUCAGUGUAAUAAAAACCCCGGCUGAUAACAUUGUAUAGGAAAGUACUAUGAUAUUUAGCUGUUCAAGUUUCUUGUGGCAAAAGGAAAAUUUUUUCGAAAAACAUCAACUUCUCUUGCACAAUUUUUUCGAAAAGAUUUCUGCAAUUUUUUUUGGGAACUCGUUUUUAUUGUAAAAAUCUUUACUUCUCACGAACCAUCUGAUUUUUCCUAAUUUUAUUGCUUCAAGUUUAAUCAGUGUAAUAAUUUUUUGAGUUUUUGCAUUUUCCAAAUAAUAGUGUGUCCAAUUUUGCUUAUCAUAUUAUGAGGGUUAUAAUUAUUAUAUUUUGACUAUGAAAAAUAAAUUAUAAUAAAAUCCAAA